AUUAUGAAACGAAGUUCAAACUGUCUAAGUCGUUAUUUUACUGGGGAAUUGUGUGGUUGAGAUCAAAUCGAUCUUUAAAGGGAUCCAGCUAUCAGCCAUAAGCGGGUUAUAGCAAAUCAGGUAAAGAUGCUAGUAAAAUACACCGUUUUUGCCAUAUUUGUGGCUAUGCUCUCCACUGGCGCGAUAGCAUUACCCCUGCUGGACUCAUCAAGUGACAUAGAUAACUCAACAUUACAGGAAAUGAUGGCCAGUGUCAACGAUACGCCGAAAAACCUGUAUGUUGUGAAAGCUGUUGUUUAUGAAAUUGGAAUAUUAACGGAAGUCGAUGAUAACGAAACCAGUUUCGAAAGUCAAGAACGAGUGGACUUAACAUUCUACGACACCCAUUCCAAUCAGAGCCAUAUUAACCUUGGUAAUGUACCUCUACCGAUUCAAACGAAUAUAUCCGGACAAGUACUUACGGGUAUCGCUCCCGUCAAUAUUGGUGCAUUUAGCAGUCCUACAGAACUUUUGGAAACAUUGCCCUUAACAGGAACUAUUGUUAAUAUAACUCACAGCAACACAGCUUAUUACCAACUCAGCAAGUCAAACGUUAGUGACUCGUUAAAGCCUCGUAUAACGGAUGUUGGUGAUUUGACAAAUGUGUCUCACCUCUUCCCCGUUGUGAGCCAGGACCCAUUGCAAUAUCCAGCUACUACUAGUGACAAAACAAAUUCUGUGGAAAGUUAAAAAUAGUCAUGUAAACGCCUUAGCGUUUUUUUCUGUUAGACUGUGG